UUGGAUAUCAACCGUCCGAAUGUAACCAUCGCUUGUCUUCAACUUAAUGGUCGACAUAAUUGGCGCCCAAAUCAGUGAUUGAAAUAURAUUUACUGCAAGACAUCCAAAGACUCAAUCAAUGUAUGGUUUAGUCAUUUAUGACGACAAUAGAGGUCAGAGUCGGCUCUCAAACACGUGUUGUCAGUGAAUGUCAACAAUUGAUURCUUCAUAUAAUAAAUAACAAUUUAGCGGCACUUAAGAAGUGGUCAACAAUGAGGAUAAUUGCGUUAAUAAGUGGCGGAAAAGACUCGACAUAUUCAAUGUGUUUGUGCAAACAAAAUGGUCACGAAUUGGUCGGUUUAGCCAAUUUGGUCCCGAAAUCGGCUAAAGAAGAGGACUCAUAUAUGUAUCAAACGGUUGGACACGAGUUCAUCGACUUAUACGCUGAAGCCAUGGAUUUACCACUAUUUCGACGAGAAAUUAGCGGAAAACCUGUGAUAACUGAAAUGGAUUACAACAAACAUAACGGCGAUGAAGUGGAAGACCUGUUUGAACUGUUAUCUGAAAUCCAAAAGACUUUACSAUUUGAUGGCAUAUCAGUCGGUGCCAUAAUGUCGACGUAUCAGAAGGUGAGGGUUGAAAACGUAUGUCAACGACUUAACAUCGAGAUGUUGGCACCGAUUUGGGCUAAAGAGCAGACAUCACUACUCAAAGAUAUGAUUAAUUACAAUAUGAAUGCAAUACUCGUCAAAGUGGCGGUUCUCGGCUUAGAGGCCAAGCAUUUGGCCAAAUCUAUCGAUGAAAUGCUUCCUAUUCUUGAAGAACUCAACAAAAAGUAUGGCAUCAAUGUCUGUGGCGAAGGAGGAGAAUACGAGACAAUCACUUUGGAUUGUCCUCUCUUUAAGAAAACAAUUGUUUUAGAUGAAUAUGAGAUUAUCACCCACUCUGACGAUGCCAUUGUUUCGGUUACGUAUUUAAGACCAACUAAAAUGCAUUUAAAGGACAAGACAUGAUCUUAAUUUUUUUUGCAUGAAUAUUGCAUAUAAUAUCACACAAUGAUUGGCAAAUAUUUAAUAUUUUAUGUUUUAAAUAGUAUGUAUCAAAGGGUAGGAUAAAUUGGAUUUUAUUAUAAGUUUGUAUUCAAUUUUAUUGUAAUUAAAUCAAUUAACACUAAUAUAUUUUAUAUUUCAAAAUAUUACAAAACUACCCCAAAAAAUUUCAAAAAAGUCAAUUUUACCAUGUUAAUAUUUUAAUGGCAAUUUAAAAAUUAUUAAUUUCAAGAGAGUGUGUAUUGAAUUGUAUCGUAAUUUUGAUUAAAUUUACCGUAAUAUUUAUAUUGCGUACAAAACACACAUUUGAUGUAAAUGUAGUACAUGAACAUACAGGUAUAUACCGGUACAUUAGCAUACAUAUACAUUAUGAUAUACACAUAUAAAUCAUGGUCAACCAUUUUAUACUUUGACACAUUUCAUUGAAUUUUAUUUUAUAUACAAUAGAAUAUUUAUUUAAUGAUGA